AUGGUGGAGAAGCAAGCGGGUAUAACAGUGGUGGAGAUACAAGCGGGUAUAACUGGUGGAGAAGCAAGCGGGUAUAACAGUGGUGGAGAUACAAGCGGGUAUAACAGUGGUGGAGAAACAAGCGGGUAUAACAGUGGUGGAGAAGCAAGCGGGUAUAACAGUGGUGGAGAUACAAGCGGGUAUAACAGUGGUGGAGAUACAAGCGGGUAUAACAGUGGCGGAGAAGCAAGCGGGUAUAAUAGUGGUAGAGAAGCAAGCGGGUAUAACAGUGGUGGAGAUACAAGCGGGUAUAACAGUGGCGGAGAAGCAAGCGGGUAUAACAGUGGUGGAGAAGCAAGCGGGUAUAACAGUGGUGGAGAUACAAGCGGGUAUAACAGUGGUGGAGAUACAAGCGGGUAUAACAGUGGUGGAGAAACAAGCGGGUAUAACAGUGGUGGAGAAACAAGCGGGUGGCGUAAAACUAAUAAGGAAAGUAAAACCAAGAAGGACUGUAGAAAGUUGCAGGAAGCCCUGGACAAACUCCAGGCGAGGGCAAACAAAUGGUUGUUUAAAGUAAAUCUCACCACGUGUAAAGUGAUGACGAUGGUAAACAAAUUAACGAGACGAAAUGGUAUCUACACCAACAAGGGAAAAGGCACCCAAAGGAAUCGGAAAAAGAAAGAGAUCUGGUAG